GUGGGACAGCAUGUGGAUGUGAUACGAUGGCUGAAGUAGACAUUAGUAAGAAGACGGCUACCUGGCCCAGAGUCUACCUGAGGUGUCCACUGGGAGGUCUGCGGAAAGUCUGUUUGCAGAUGAAGAGGUUGCCUCAUAACACAGUUGUGCUCAUCUGCUGGAAAGCCUCUUUUAAGCAAGCCUUGAGAUGGCAGUUAGAUAGUAUAUUGAAGCCAAUGGCACAAGUACUAAGGCUUGGAGAUUGACUGAAGAUAUGAAGUUAUCUUAGGUGGAGCAGGCCUUUCCUUUCUGUGGCCCCUGUGUUAUUGACUGUAGGCCACGACAGCCUGUGCUCUGUGUAGCGUUUGCUUUUAUUCCCCCAUAGGAUCUUAAUUAAAAAAUAAAGAAACAAAUUAAAACAGUAUAAAGAAAACAAUCCUCAAGAAGGCCCUUUCUUCCAAUUUUUGUACAUAGGCAAACAUUACCUUAUUUCUUUUAUUGUACUGAUAUUUCAAAACCACCUGUAUUUACACUAGAAAAGAUAGUGUGCUUUGGCUGACAAACCUUAAUGCCCCUGCUGUUAGUUUUCUAGUUCAGUGGUAAACCUCAAAGUGAUGACACUGUAAUAAGGUGCUUUUUACGGCUCUAGGAUGUAAUAACUCGCCUUUAUUUUCUGUUUAAUAUUCUCUAAAUAGAUGAGACAGAACAGGAAAGUAGUUCCCCACACACUUCAGAAUAAAAUAAAUGAUUAAAUUUUGUGUUGGUUCAUAUAAUUCUGUACUGAGCCUGUCACGUCCAUAUGCAUCAGCUUACAUAAUGCAUCUGCCUCAUGCAUUGAGCUCGCCAGAUGCCUCCCAGAGAUGGGGUUGAGGACACUCUUAUCUCUGAGCUCCAGAGGGGCUUCCCCAGGGUCAUGUGAUCUUGACUUCAUUUUGUCAGUGGUGGUUUUGCGCUCUUCCUGUGCUGUGGUUCAGAGACGUGCACUUUCAGAAGGCUCAGUGGUUGAAAAUAUUUGUGAAAAAUACCUGUCAAUAUUCAAAGCUUUUAAGGUGACCUAACAGGUCAUCAACUCAGCCGAAGACCGAGCGGAUUUGUUGUGUUGAGCUCAUUGGAAACAGCUCUCUUAGAUAUGAGCAGGAGUGUAGAGAGUCAUUUCUCUGCUGGCUUGGAACAGAAAGGAUGCUUUCUGGGCCAGCAUUAGUCAUCCUCCUCCUGCUGGCUCCAUCCACAGGGCAGCCUGUCCCGAGCCCCUGCCGUUGCUCCGCCCUCCAGCCUGAGGGACUGCGCGUUAGCUGCGGCUCUCAGGACCUCGCCGAGCUGCCCCAGCUCCCGCCGGGGACCACCGAGCUCUACCUGCAGGACAACUGGCUGACCGGCGUGCCCCCGGGGAGCUUCGACGCCCUGCGGGGCCUGCGGAGACUCAACCUGACGGGCAACCCCUUCCACUGCGGCUGCGCCAUCUGGUACCUGUCCGCCUGGCUGCGGGAUCACGCCGACGUGUCCGUAGGGACCCCUACCUGCGCCUCGCCCGUCGGCCUGGCGCACAGACCCAUCGCCGGUCUGGACCAGGCCCACUUCUCCGCCUGCGGCAAGAAACGGGCGGCUAGCGGCGCCUUGGACGUCGUCACAGUGCUGGUGCUCGCCGCUCUCGUCCUCCUGUUGCUGUGGUGCCUGAAGACCGCCCGGAGAUCCACCUUCAUUGUAGAGGUUUUCGCCAGACACUCUGGGUUCGAGGCCCACACUCUGCGGUCUCUCAAACCCAAACACAAGAGGCACAAGAGGCAAUCGGUGCCGUCGGAGGACAGGGAGCUGAUGCUAGAGCACAUGGAUGACAGCAACAUAGAAGCACCUUUGAUUAACAUGGAAAUCCUUCCUCAGAUACUGGACGUUUUGCAGAAGAAGCACAACAUGAAGUUUAAGGCACCAUGAGGAGGAGGACAGAACAGUGCACACCAUUUAAGAGAGUGUUCCUCACCAG